UUUGAACUGAAAGAGAUGCAGCGACGUGAUAUGGAGGAGGCUGAACGAACCGGCGAUUCGCUUCGUCGAGCUCCCCAGCGAGCAGCAGCAGCAGCAACAACAGUGGGAACUGCUGCUGCGCGGACGGCUGAAACUUUCCCAGCGGAGCGAGGCGUUGAGACCAGCGAUGAUUUCAGCCAUGAUACAGCGGUAGGCAGCGGUGAUUCUAGCGCAGUUCAGCGAAAGGCCGGUAUGCCGCUGCUCGUUUCGUUUGAGCGUAGUAGUCGGUUAACGGGAUCCGAGUCAUCGAGUUGGCGAUUGUCGUUGUCGCGCUCUACUCGCUUCGAUGUUCACGACUUGCGGGGUAAGACCGCUGCUGCUACUACUUCCCGAUUUUUCGCCCUUCAGAAUACUGUUAUGAUGGUUUGCAUGGUUAUUGCUUUUGUUUAUGCUGUUGUUGUCGUGGUUUGGGUUGAUGUGGGUGACGCUUUUGAAGGUGUGCUGGUAAGGAAGCACACUUAUGAAGCAUUGGAUCGAAAAGCAUCAAGCAGGUAA